AGUUAUUGUUUGCAUUUACAGCGCUAUCAACAAACUACGUAAUUUAACUAAAAUUUCAUCAUUUACAUCCUAGUUACGUGUCUCAUUUCUACACACAUGAAAAUUCGAUUGGAGAUACAUUUUAUUAGUUUUUUAAUUUAAAAAAAAAAAAGGAAAUCAAAAAUGUUACGGGCUUUCUGUUUUAUAAAAGUUCAAGCGGUUUUAGUUUUAUUUUGUAUCAGUGCAACAGUGGUUAGGAGUCGUAAUAACGAAUAUUUGAAUCCAGAAUGGGUUGACCCGCACGACUGGACCAAAGAUAAGGACCCACUUCAAAAACUCUGUCCACACUCGGAGCUAUGUAAACCAUGCGAAAAUACAGUUAAAUCAGAAUAUCUACGAUUGGUUAAUAGUUUGUUUAAUCCAAACGAAUUUCGUUUUGAUGAGGCGACACAAUUUAUGUAUCGUAAUGUUCAUAUCCAUAUCACAAAAGAGCAACUGGAAAAAUUGCGAAGGUCAAGUGAUCCGAUUUACAUCGAUGGCUUGGUGUCGGAAGUUCUUGCACAAACUGAAUUUGGGACGGUGCAACUUGUGAAAGAAUACACCGUUGAUCUUGCAACCACAGUUUGGGAUAAUAUACCGAAAUUGCCUUCAUUCUCGUCAGUGCCAUCAAUAUCCGAAAUCAAUUUCAAUACUUUACCACGAAGUCGACCGAUUCUCAUCAAUUUUGUCAUUUUUGUAAUGAGCUUCUUUGCCUGUCGUCGCUUCCAAAUACCAUAUUUAUAUUUCAUCCUCUUCGCAAUUGUAUAUUGUUUGUAUGAAUAUUUAGAUAGCGAAUGUCAUAGACGAAUUGAACUGAAUCAAGCGGUUGAUUUCAUUUAUGGCGUGGAAAAAAACCCAUGUGUGAGCCCGCAAAAAAUGAACUUGAUCGAUUGGUUCAUUGGAAAAGAUGGACGAUCCAAAUGCCGCGAUUUUCUAGAGAAACAAAGUACUACAAAAACACAAUGCGGUGUCAUUGAUCUUUUCCACGAAUUCUUCGCCAAUGUUCUGAUGAAACAGCUGAAGAUAUUUUUCAUGACAGUGGCUGAUAUAGUGCAUUCAAUAAGCGCAACAAAUGGUAUUCUAAUUACGGCUGUUGUGGUUUACUUCAUGAAAGAUAUUUUGGUGACUUUGAUUAAAUCAAUGUUUAAGUAUAUUUUGAAUCCAACCGCUUGGUCCCGAGUAGUAGCCGAUGUUGCCUCAUCGUCAUCGCGUGAUCCAGUCGAGCCGGUUCAACGCAUUGAAGUAUUGCCGUUAUCCGACAUACGCGAUUUGAAUGUGAGCAAGGCGCUCGAUUUGGCUAAUAAUCAAAUGAAAAUUAUCAGCGAAAAAAUGGAAAUGCUAAAUAUUCAACCGUCUGGUGGUGAAUCGUCCGGUGCCGAAUUACUUGCACUAAAAGCGAAAUCAUCAGAUACAAGUUCAACAGACACAGCACCAUCGACUUCUAAAGAACGUUUAAAUUAUGAUGAUGAUCAGCAGAAUGAAAGCAAUUCAUCGUCAGACAAAUCUUUUGAGGAAUUUGGCGAGGAAGAGAUUCAACAUUCGUUUCAUUUACCAGAAAAUAUAAGCAUCGUAACCGUCAAUGACACUCAGCUGAGUGUUUCCACUCCAUUCGAUUAUGAUGGAUCAACAGAAGACACUAGUCAAAAUUUAACUAAAUCAACCGAUAAAUCUGACAUAUUAACGAUAUCUGACAGCAACAAAUCGAACAGUUCGGUGGAAAUUUUAUCGAUUUCAUCAGAUGCACCGCUGUAAUCACGUCACCAUUUUACAUUAGUGAAACAAGCACAAACCAAAACUAUUCAAAACCCCCCAGUGCAUUGCAUGCGAAAAAAAAUAUCUUCUCUGCAUUUUUAUACUCAAAAUAUUUAUUUUUCGACAAACUUAAUUCUACGAAUAAUAAUAACAACAAAUUUAUAUAUAUAAAAAAGACGAUUUUAUAAAAAAAAAUCAAAACAACUGCCGUAAUUUUCAAAUCUUAUCAGUUAUUGUAUUUUUGGUCGUCACUUUUCUAAAUUUUAACAUUGACAUUGUUAGCUAAAUGAAGACAAUUGAUUACGAUUAAGUCUUAUUUGAAUAAGUUGAGAGAGAUGUCAUUGAUCUGUAAAUUACCGGCUAUUUUUGGCCCUUCCAUUAAUAUUUUCUACUUAAUCCAUUUGAUUGUAGCUAUUCGCAUUGUAAAUUAAUAUAAAAAAAGUUGUAAAAUUAUAAUUGUUAUAUUUAGGUUGUUCAUUUAAACAAAAUAAACCAUUUUUUAAAUUUA